CUUUACAUACAAAUAAAUCAUUUAAUCAUAGUUAAAUAUUUAUAAUAAUUAUUGCUAUUAAAGUUUAAAAUUAUCUACACAAUAAUAUUACUGUAACGUUAAGACUGGACGAAUUAGUGGAAUUGGUUUCUAAAUGAUUUAUUGUCAAAUUUGUCAGAAUUUGUGACUUUAUAAUGAUUGAAACAAGUACUCCUGAAAAUACGACGACUGAUUUAAUUCCUUUGACCACGGACGUAAUAAACGACGAGGAUGACAUCGCCCGGCCUGAAGCUACGUUCCGGUUCACAGUACAGAACGUCAGUCAACUGAAGGAACAGGUUCUAUCACCACCGUGCUAUAUCCGAUGUCUGCCGUGGAAGAUUUUAGUCCUUGUGCGUAACACAACCACCCCUGACCGUCAGCAACAAAAGGGCUUAGGUAUCUUUCUGCAGUGUAAUGGCGACUGCGACGCUCCCGGCUGGUCCUGCUAUGGUUUAGGCGAAAUUAAACUCCUAUCUUACAAGCCUGAUGGCCAACAUCUGUGUAGGAAAGUUCAUCAUAUGUAUCACAGUAAGGAAGAUGAUUGGGGAUUCACACAUUUUAUAUCAUGGAAAGACCUUUUGGAUAUGGAAAAUGGUUUCGUAAAGGAUGACGCGAUAACAAUAGAGGCACAUGUGGUAGCGGAGGCCCCGCACGGCGUGUCUUGGGAUUCAAAAAAACACACUGGAUAUGUCGGUCUUAAGAACCAAGGUGCGACGUGCUACAUGAAUUCGCUCUUGCAAACUCUGUUUUUUACUAAUGUGUUACGCAAGGCAGUUUAUAAAAUACCGACUGUCGGAGACGAUAGCUCUAGAUCUGUCGCCUUUGCUCUGCAACGCGUUUUCUUUGACUUGCAAUUUUCUGAGAAGCCAGUCGCAACUAAGAAAUUGACAAAGAGCUUUGGUUGGGAGACGUUAGAUUCUUUUAUGCAACACGACGUUCAGGAAUUUCUUCGAGUAUUAUUAGAUAAGUUAGAGAAUAAAAUGAAAGGUACUUUAGUAGAAGGCACGGUUCCAAAGCUGUUCGAGGGGAAAAUGACGUCUUUCAUUAAGUGCAAAAACGUUAAUUGCAGUAGCACUCGAGUGGAGACGUUCUAUGACAUUCAGCUAAGUGUGAAGGGAAAAAAUAAUUUGUAUGAAUCCUUCAAAGACUAUAUAAGUACAGAGACAUUGGAUGGUGAGAACAAAUACGACGCGGGAGAACACGGCCUCCAAGAGGCGGAGAAGGGCGUCCGUUUUGACGAGUUCCCACCUGUACUGCAUCUACAUCUAAUGAGGUUCCAGUACGACCCACAAAGCGAUGCUUCUGUCAAAUUCAAUGACAGGUUUGAAUUUUACGAAGAGAUAAAUUUGGAUCCGUACCUCCAGGAGAUCCCCCCAGUGCCGGCACAUUACACAUUACAUGCAGUGUUGGUGCAUUCCGGCGAUAACCACGGCGGUCAUUAUGUUGUCUUCAUUAAUCCAAAAGGCGAUGGAAAGUGGUGUAAGUUCGACGAUGACGUUGUGUCACGCUGCAGAAAAAAAGAAGCGAUAGAGUAUAACUUUGGAGGCAAAGAGGAUGCGCCUUACUUGGCGAGACGUGCUACGAGUGCAUACAUGCUUAUUUAUAUACAAACGUCGCAGCUGAACUAUGUGCUUCAAGACGUAACGGAGAACGAUAUCCCAGCGGACCUGUACGAGCGGAUCAACGAAGAGAUGAGAUACGAGAUGGUAAGAACAUGCGGCAGAAAAGUAAAGUGCAGAAAAAUUAAAUCAGACACAUCUGUAAGCUCCGCUAAGUACUACGCGAAGAUAUUCAGUGCAUUAAAACAAUUCUUCACUUUGCAGGCGUUAGCCAGCUCUAAAUACAAAGGAAGAUAGAACGAACCUCCAUAUACCGUUUUGUGAUUGAUUUCUUUAUUUGUGUGUUUUUGUUGUUUAAUUUUACUAUUUUUUUAAAUUAGCAUGACGCCGAUGGAGACAGAUUUCGUGUAAAUUCUAUGGAUAUUUUUAAAUCAAUAUAGCUGUUUACUUUGUGUAUA